GCUAUAACCGCUUGUGCCAUCGAGUUCCUCAAUGUUCGUUCGCAAAGAGCCGUAUGACUUAAUAACAAAUUCUGCCAGAGUACUAGAGGGACAGUCGGCGCACGCACACGUGUGAUGUGUCUUUAAAAACUAACAAGAACAUAACAGACUCCGGGGCAGAGAGUUCAUUACCAUCACACCAUCUGAGUGUCUACCGAUCACGGGUCAUUGCCAUAUAACUGCUUAAGAAUGAAGUUUUGUAGACCGGUGGUUUGGUUUUGUCUCGCUAUUUGUUCUUUCUUGUCCGUAAAUGGAGAUGAUCCCACGGUGAUACAAGUCGACGCUGCCGUGGUUAUUAAGAAGAGUUCAUCUCACAACAUCAGCAUCAUCGGGAAUGAGUUUAUGCUGGAUGGGGAACCACUGCAUAUAAUGUCUGGAUCGUUGCACUAUUUUAGGCUACCUGCAGUGUACUGGCAGGACAGACUACGAAAACUCAAGGCCGCGGGAUUAAACUCUGUAUCCACGUAUGUGGAAUGGAGUUUUCAUGAACCAGAAGAACGUCAGUACUCCUUCGAAAAGGAUAGAGACAUUGCAGCUUUUGUUCGACUUGCUGCUGCAGAAGGGCUGCAUGUUCUGCUGAGACCGGGACCAUACAUUUGCGCGGAAAGAGAUUUGGGAGGUAUCCCAUACUGGUUACUGGGGAAAUAUCCGAAUAUCAAACUCCGUACCACUGACAAAGAAUUUAUUAAAGAAUCUACAAUUUGGUUGGCAAAAUUAUUCGAACAAUUAACUCCUUUAUUAUUUGGCAAUGGGGGCCCGAUUAUUUUGGUCCAGGUGGAAAAUGAAUAUGGCAGUUACGGAAGAGACAUGGAAUAUAUGGAACAGAUGCGUGACUUAAUUUUGGAGUACGUGGGUACAAAUGCUUUACUAUACACUACCGAUGGACCCGGACCUUCGUACUACACCAAUGGGUUUGUGAAUGGCGCACUCACCACCAUCGAUUUCGGGCCUGGAUAUGAUGUGGUGCAAGCUUACGACACGCUGCGUAGAUUCAUGCCAUCUGGUCCUCUUAUGAACUCCGAGUUCUACCCGGGCUGGUUGACGCACUGGGGCGAGAGUUUUCAGCAGGCCAGCACCGAGGCUGUCGUUGGCACCUUACGCACCAUGCUGGACAACAAAAUAAACGUUAACGUGUACGUGUUCUUCGGAGGAACUAACUUUGAGUUCACAUCGGGUGCAAAUUAUGGCACGGCGUACCAACCUGACAUUACUUCGUAUGAUUACGACGCGCCGCUCAACGAAGCUGGGGAUCCAACACCUAAAUACUACGCCAUAAGGAACCUUCUCAAACAGUAUAAUUUCGUGGAGGACAACAGACCGGAGCCAUCUCCAUCACCUAAGGGCGCUUACGGCACCAUCACUCUAAGGCCUAAAGUUCAAUUGCUUUCGAAUGAAAGUCGCAAUGUUCUUGGCAUAGAAUACUCGCCCAUAGCUGGAGCAAUAUUGCCGACCUUCGAGGAACUCCGACAGAGAAGUGGUAUGAUCUUAUAUGAGACCACAUUGGGAUCAGCAGACGGCCAGCUAAGCAUAAAAAAACCAAGGGAUUGGAUUUACGUUUACGUUGAUGGAAAACUGCAAGGAGUAAUUAAUAGAAUGUUUAAAAGAUAUACACUGGUACUCAGGAGUAGUGUUGACUCGGUGCUGUCAUUGCUAGUGGAGAACCAAGGGCGAAUCAAUUUCGGACCGUACUUGCACGACCGUAAGGGUAUCCUUAGCGCCGUGGAGUAUAAUGGCGUACCUCUACGAGGCAACUGGUCUAUUACGGGAUUCCCCUUGGAAUGUGUCAGUAAGAUGCAAGUGCCCAAGCUUAUUGAUCCUAAGUUGUCAGAGGGGCCUGUCGUGUAUGAAAGUAAACUAGUUCUUCCUCAAGGGCAAAUGUCUCUGGACACUUUUCUCGACACUACAGGUUGGGGAAGAGGUUACGUGUGGGUGAACGGAUACAACCUGGGCCGCUACUGGCCAGGUUUGGGGCCACAGGUGACCCUGUAUGUUCCUGGCGUGUGGUUGAAGGCUGCGCCCAAGAGUAACCUCAUACAAGUGCUGGAGUUAGAGAGAUCACCUGACUCUCUCACAAUGGAAUUUUUGGACUACCCGAUACUUAACAGAACGCACACAUAUCCAGGAUAACAACCAACAAGACAUAUUUCUUAUAAAAGUUGUUGAAACGGAACUGAAUAUUGAUACGAACGAGGAUAUUUGUUUUAGUUUUAUUUAGAUAAGAAAUCUGCGGUCUUAUGAAGAGACUUAGGCCCGUAUUAUAGAAAGAUUCUCAGUAAUUAAUCUAGUCUUGAGCAUAGAUAGAAGGGAUGUCGCUAUAUAGAGCACAUAGCGACAUCCCUUUCUAACUGUACUCAAGUAAAGAUCAACACUUAGUUGUCAUUCUGUAAUACGGGCCUAAAUAGAAUUUUAAAAGAGUGGUUUGUUAAAGCUUGAUAAUUUCAUCGACUUGUAUUUUUUUUAAGAAAUCCCUCUUCUUCAUCGGUCUUGUAAAAGGAGGUCGCGAUAGUUUAUCAGGGUUUCAUAAAAAUCUCUAGUUUGCAUAGUACAAGCUGUGCUUAGGUCUUUUUGUUUCAUAUAGACUAUAGUUAAAAUACUAGAGAACAAAAACAUUUCUCAAAAUUUUACACAUUUACUAUGCAUUCGAUGUAACAACUUUAGACAAAU